CAUCCCCUCUUCCUCCCAUGUCUCUCUCUCCUCCCUCAGUCCCCUUUCUCUCUCUCACUACCCCAAAGAAGAAGCAGCAGCAGCAGCAGCAGGAAGCACGAAGCAAGCAGCGAGAGUCAAUUCCCCAAAUCGCCUCUCCCAAAUGGUCCUCGCCUGACGAAGCUCCUCCUAACCUCCUCCUCCUUCUCGCCGCCGCCAUGUCACGGCCGGCGGUGGACCCGCCGGAGUGGCUGCGCACCCUUCCCGUGGCGCCGGAGUACCGCCCCACCCCUGCCGAGUUCGCCGACCCCAUCGCCUACAUCCUCAAGAUCGAGCCCGAGGCCUCCCGCUACGGCAUCUGCAAGAUCGUGCCCCCGCUCCCGGCGCCGCCGUUCGAGGCCACGCUCGAGCGCCUCAGGGCCUCCUUCACCGCCAAUGCGGCCGCCGCCGGCGACGCGGCCUGGGGCCCCACCUUCCCGACAAGGCUCCAGCAGGUGGGCCUCUCCCCCAAGAACCGCCGCGCCGCAAGCCGGCGCGUCUGGGAGAGCGGCGAGCGCUACACCCUCGAGGCCUUUCGCGCCAAGGCGCGCGACUUCGAGCUCCCGAGGUACGCGGCGCCGCCCAAGCACGCGACGCCGCUCCAGCUCGAGGCGCUCUUCUGGGGUGCUUGCGCCGCGCGGCCUUUCAACGUCGAGUACGGCAACGACAUGCCAGGCUCCGGCUUCGCCGCGCCGGAGGAACUGGACCUGUACCUGGGCAACGGCGGCAAUGCGGCCUUGCCGCCGGCGCCGGCGCCGAGGGACGUCGGAGAGACGGAGUGGAACAUGCGGCUGGCGCCGCGCGCGCGAGGCUCGCUGCUGCGGGCGAUGGGCCGGGACGUGGCCGGCGUCACGACGCCGAUGCUGUACGUGGCGAUGCUCUACAGCUGGUUCGCGUGGCACGUGGAGGACCACGAGCUGCACAGCCUCAACUACCUCCACUUUGGCAAGCCCAAGACCUGGUAUGGCGUGCCCCGCGACGCCAUGCUCGCCUUCGAGGACGCCGUCCGCGUGCACGGCUACGCCGACGACCUCAACGCCAUCAUGGCCUUUCAAACGCUAAAUGAGAAGACAACUGUCUUGUCUCCUGAAGUGCUUCUUUCUGCUGGAGUUCCUUGCUGCAGAUUGGUUCAAAACCCUGGAGAAUUCGUUAUCACGUUCCCUGGAGCUUAUCAUUCUGGUUUUAGCCAUGGAUUUAAUUGUGGAGAAGCAACAAAUAUCGCAACACCUCACUGGUUGCAAGUGGCUAAAGAAGCUGCGAUCAGGAGGGCUUCCACAAAUUGUGGCCCAAUGGUGUCUCAUUAUCAGCUGCUUUAUGAGCUAGCAUUGUCAUUACGUCCAAGAGAACCUAAGAAUUUCCAUGGUGUACCAAGAAGCUCUCGUCUAAGGGACAAAAAGAAGAAUGAAGGUGAAAUAAUGGUCAAAGAAACAUUUGUUGGGAGUGUGAUCGAAAACAACAAUUUUCUUAGCAUCCUUCUUGGUAAGAGUUCUUGUAUAAUUAUCCCGGAGAUUGAAUUUCCCCUUCCAUCCUUUCCAAUGAUGAUGGCACCUGAAGAUACUGUUAAACAAGGCUUGAUUGCUGGUUCUUGUAGUAUUAGCCAGAAAAAAGCUGAAGAUAUGCUUGUUGAUGGUUAUGUGAUAGACGAAAUAAGAGGGGUUGAGAACAUGAGUGAGUCUCAAUCAGCUAGUGCAACCACUUCCUCUGCAUGUAACAGAAGGAAGCUCUAUGAAACAAAAUUUGGAAAAGUUAAUAGUACUGCUUUCUGCUUAUCAACUUCAGAGAUUCAGAAUGCAGUAAUUGAAAAAGGUAGAUCACAUCAAGGAGGUGGGCUCUUAGAUCAAGGGCGCUUGCCCUGUGUUCAGUGUGGCAUAUUAAGCUUUGCUUGUGUAGCCAUCAUUCAACCUAAAGAAGCAGCAGCUCAGUUUGUCAUUUUGAGAGAGAAUAUCUCAUCAAAUGCAAACCAUGGGAAAAUUAUGAAAUCAGAUGACAUCUCAAAUUGCAUAGCAGAAAAUCGUGAGAUAGUUCCUCCACAAGGACAUGCUUCUGGAACAGAUGAUAAUAUGAUACAGAGCAUAGGUUCAGCCCAAGUGUCUGAUCGGUGUACACAGCUAUACAGCAGCUGCCCCCAUGGAUGCACUUCUGCCCUUGGGCUUCUGGCUUCUGCUUAUGACUCAUCAGAUUCGGAUGAGGAAGCACCUGGCAAUAUAUCAUAUGACAGUGAAAACAAUGAUGCAGCAAACGGACUCACAAAUAUUCAGUCUUCAGGAACACCGGUUCAGCUUCAGAAGAUAAAUUUGCACUGGAAUGAAGAUGAAUGUGGAGCCAGAACAGCAUCUCUGAUGAAACCAGUAGAGAAUAAGAGUAUGCCAAUGACUCAGGCUAGUAGGCAAACAGAUAUCAGCCAUCGUGCAGGGCUGGGAGAGCCACUAACUUCCUAUGAGGAGUGGUCUGCAUAUCUUGAUUUGGAUGAUGAUCUAACUGCAUCAGGUGUAAAAGCCUCUUCAGAUACUAGUUUGAGCACAGCUAAAGGCUCAAUGGAACCAGAUGUGCUGGCCAUGCUCAAGUACAACAAAGAUUCUUGCAGAAUGCAUGUGUUUUGUCUAGAACAUGCUUUGGAGACAUGGACACAACUCCAACAAAUUGGUGGUGCUAAUAUCACGCUUUUGUGCCAUCCAGAAUACCCUAGAGCAGAAUCGGCAGCAAAAGUUAUAGCAGAAGAACUUGGUAUGAAGUAUGCUUGGAAAGAUAUCACUUUCAAAGAAGCAACAGAUGAAGACAUUGGAAGAAUUCAGUUGGCUCUGCAGGAUGAAGAUGCUGAACCCACAAGCAGUGACUGGGCAGUAAAAAUGGGUAUCAAUAUAUAUUACAGUGCCAAACAGAGCAAAUCCCCACUUUACAGCAAGCAGGUACCAUACAAUUCUAUCAUUUACAAGGCAUUUGGUCAAGAAAAUCCAGAUAGCCUGACAGAUGAUGAAGGGCAACGAUCAGGCACAACAAAGAAAAGGGUGGCUGGAUGGUGGUGUGGGAAAGUUUGGAUGUCAAACCAAGUUCAUCUGCUUUUAGCUCGUGAGCGUGAAGAACAGAAUCAUGACAUGGCUCACAGCAGACCAAUGUUCAGUGCUAAAUCCUUUCACAAAAUGCGAGAAGAACCAUCGACAAGAUCUACUACCUUGAUCAACCGAAGCUUAUCAAAAAGAAUAUCUGGAAGAAAAGAAGGGGACUCUGUUGAGAAAUCUACAGCCAAAAAGAAGAGAUGCACUGCUUCUGAUGAAGCUUCUUUGCACCACACUGGCAUUGUGAUGAUAUCUGAAGCCACCCAUGACCAGCCUAGAAACUUUGAUGAUCAUGACAAACAUGAAGAUGGAGAUAAAAGUGAGGAAGCACUGAACACUCAGCAGCAGCAAGAUAAAAGUGAGGAAGCACUGAACACUCAGCAGCAGCAGCAACAACAGCCUUUGUCCCAAGCAAGUUGGGGUAGGCAAAUUCAAAAUGAAUUGCGAAACAUGCACAAAAGAUCAAGUUCUAAGAGGCGAAAGGAUGAUAAAAGAAAAAACAAUUUGUGUGAGCUACACGAUGAAACUGAUGGCAUUGACUGCGGGCUUGACAUAGGUAGCAUGGAAAACACCAUAAUAGGCAACUGGGAUAACAAUCCACAACAAGGACUUGAUGUUGUAAAAGUGAAAUCUUGUGUCAAAUUGCAAGGUAGUAAGAGAAAAUCCAGCAAGUGCAAGGCAAGUGAUGAUUUGUCGAAUGUAGACAAGAAAUUGCAAAAGAUGGGCAAGAAAGCAAGUACUAAGAAGCAAAAGAAUGGUAAGGCAAAUAGGCAAUUUCGAGAAAAUCACAACGAAGAUAACAAUGUGGAUCUGCUUCAUGAAGAUAUUGGAGAUGAAGCCACGCAAGACAGCUGGAAUGAAAUUCCAAAACAAAAAACCGAUGAUGUGAAAGUAAAAUCUAGAGGCAAAAUGCAAAGUAGUAAGAAGAAAGCCAGCAGAAAUCAGGCAAGUGAUGGCUUGCGCAAUGAGGAUAAAGAAACAAAAUUUCCUUCUGACAUAGAAGGGUGUAAUACGGCAGAUCAAGCCACGAUAGACAACCGGGAUGGAAUUCCAAAAGAAGAAAAUGAUGAUCUUAAAGUGAAAUCUAAAGGCAAGAUGCAAAGUCGUAAAAGAAAAGCCAGCAAUGGUCAAGUUAGUGAUGGUUUGCGCAAUGGAGAUAAAGGAGCAAAAUUUUCUUGUGAUAUAGAAGGGUGCGACAUGAGCUUCAGCACCCAACAGGACUUGUUGUUGCACAAGCGAGACAUUUGUCCUGUAAAAGGAUGCAAGAAGAAAUUCUUCUGCCAUAAAUACCUGCUUCAGCACCGGAAAGUGCACCUGGAUGAAAGGCCACUCGUUUGUACAUUUGCGGGCUGCAAGAAGACAUUCAAGUGGCCAUGGGCGAGGACAGAGCACAUGAGGGUGCACACGGGGGUGCGACCAUAUGCAUGCACGGAACCUGGUUGCACUCAGACAUUCCGCUUUGUGUCAGACUUCAGCCGUCACAAGAGAAAGACUGGCCAUUCCUGUGAUAAGAAAAAGAAGUACAGUACAUAACUUCUAACCGCUAUGCACAAGUACAGGUUUCUUAUCUGACGAUGAUUUGAAGGGGGAUACUAAUCGGAUAAUUGCAUCAGAUUCCAUUGGUUCCAGAAUUUGUCCGCAUUAGGAAUCUAAUUCAUUUCAUUGCUUACCACCUCUGCAUAACAGCCGAUUUUCUAUUGCUUUAGGUCCAACUGACCUGUUGUUGACUGGGGUCAUUCCAAGUCAAUUGUAUCUCUUUCGUUCAUCCUGAGAAAUUGGGAAUUUUCUUCUGUCGGUAUGGUUAAAUUUAGUGUACUUCUCUUGUCAUUAAAAUGCGUGAUAAUCUGUGGUUCAAUGCUUUUGAAUGAUGAAAAAUAAAUGGCAGCCUGAAGUAAGAAUUAUGUUCA